UAUACUCAGGGCUGGAGUUGUCAGGGCCGGGCUGUAAGACGAACGGUUCCCAGCGGCUCCCUGCUGCGUCUGGGAAAGAGAGUGGCGAGACCGGAGGCGGCACUGCAGCACGGGACCUCUCCCGCCACGGAGGCUCCCGCGACCCCGCCGCCAUUAUUACUCGUGUGGCCUUUGGGGCCGCUCGGGCUGCGCGGCGGCCGGGCCCCAGCGACAGGGUCUCUUUCUUGUUCCUGCAAGUUCUAGGCUCAGAUUUACAACUAAAGGUACUAAUUUUACCUCGGUUUUGUUUUGCCUCUGGUUGCUGAAGCCCUUGAUAUAAUGUUAUAUCUGUAGCAUGAAACUUCAAGCAAUUGCCUCAUUACUGGAGAAAUAAAAGAUACUGCCAGAUUGACUCUCCUGUCUGUAGCAAUGUUAGCCUCGAGGAAAAGGAUGACCAGUUCUUCACGCUCUCAAUUCCUUCUAAUGUGGAAAUCAGACAAGGCUCAAAGUGGACCCCACAAUAUUGAGAAGCAAGCCCUUACUUCAAGACUCUUGCAUGACACUGAGGCUUGUCGACAGAAUUUUAGGAAUUUUCCAUACUCAGACCUAGCUGGUCCUCGAAAAGCAUUAAGUCAACUCCGGGAGCUCUGUCUUAAGUGGCUGAGACCUGAGAUUCACUCCAAGGAACAAAUCCUGGAGCUGCUGGUGCUGGAGCAGUUUCUGACUAUCCUGCCUGGUGAGGUUAGGACUUGGGUAAAGUCCCAGUAUCCAGAAAGCAGCGAGGAAGUGGUGACUCUGGUGGAGGAUUUGACUCAGCUUCUAGAAGAGGAAGCUCCUCAGAACUCUGUCCUUUGCCAAGAGACCCCAGAAGAAGACCCCAGACAUGCUUUCCAGGCAGGGUGGUUCAAUGACUUGGUGACCAAAGAAUCAAUGACAUUCAAAGAUGUAGCUGUGGACAUCACCCAAGAGGACUGGGAACUAAUGCGUCCUGUACAGAAGGAAUUGUACAAGACCGUGACAUUACAGAACUAUUGGAACAUGGUUUCUCUAGGACUGACUGUGUACAGACCAACUGUGAUUCCCAUAUUGGAAGAACCAUGGAUGGUGAUAAAAGAAAUUUUAGAAGGCCCUAGUCAAGAAUGGAAAACUGAAGGACAAGCCUGUACUACAGUAGAGAAUAUUCCUAAAUUCAAACAGGAUGGAACCCAGACCAUCAAGUUGGAAGAAUCAUAUGACUAUGAUAACAGUUUGGAGACAUAUACAACCUAUACCAUAGGGAAAUCCCACACUAGUGAAAGAGAUUUCAGUUUGAAGUCAAGCUUUUUUGAAGAAGAAGAUCCUACAGAAGAAUAUCUUAGUAAAUAUGAUAUAUAUAGAAAUAAUUUUGAAAAUCAUUCAAACCUAAUUGUACAGUUUGAUACCCAGUCAGAUAAUAAAACUUUUAUGUAUAAUGAAGGCAAGGCAACCUUCAGUAAUGUCUCAUAUGGUAUUGUACAUGGGAAAAUACUUCCUGGAGAGAAGCCUUAUAAGUGUAACGGGUGUGGAAAAAAAUUUAGAAAAUACCCAUCCCUCCUGAAACACCAAAGUACCCAUGCCAAAGAGAAAUCUUAUGAAUGUGAAGAAUGUGGGAAGGCAUUUAGGCAUAUCUCAUCCCUCAUUGCACAUCAGAGAAUGCAUACUGGAGAAAAACCGUAUGAAUGCCACCAGUGCGGUAAAGCCUUCAGCCAGCGUGCUCACCUUACUAUACACCAGAGAAUCCAUACUGGAGAGAAACCCUAUAAGUGUGAUGACUGUGGAAAAGACUUUAGUCAGCGAGCACAUCUUACUAUCCAUCAAAGGACACAUACUGGAGAGAAACCAUAUAAAUGUUUGGAAUGCAGUAAAACCUUCAGCCAUAGUUCAUCACUGAUUAAUCAUCAGAGAGUUCAUACUGGAGAAAAACCUUAUAUAUGCAAUGAAUGUGGGAAAACUUUCAGUCAGAGUACGCAUCUUCUUCAGCAUCAAAAAAUACAUACUGGAAAGAAACCAUAUAAAUGCAAUGAGUGUUGGAAAGUGUUUAGUCAGAGCACUUAUCUUAUUCGACAUCAAAGAAUUCACUCUGGAGAGAAGUGUUAUAAAUGUAAUGAAUGUGGGAAAGCCUUUGCUCAUUCCUCAACUCUUAUUCAACACCAAACAACUCAUACUGGAGAGAAAUCCUAUAUAUGUAAUGUGUGCGGGAAAGCCUUCAGUCAGAGCGCAAACCUCACUCAACACCAUAGAACACAUACUGGAGAGAAACCGUUUAAAUGUAGUGUGUGUGGGAAAGCCUUCAGCCAGAGUGUGCACCUGACACAGCAUCAGAGGAUUCAUAAUGGAGAAAAACCCUUUAAAUGCAAUAUAUGUGGGAAAGCAUAUAGGCAAGGUGCAAAUCUUACUCAGCAUCAAAGGAUUCAUACUGGAGAGAAACCUUAUAAAUGUAACGAAUGUGGAAAAGCUUUUAUUUAUUCUUCAUCACUUAAUCAGCAUCAGAGAACUCAUACUGGAGAAAGACCCUAUAAAUGUAAUGAAUGUGACAAAGAUUUUAGCCAGAGAACAUGCCUUAUUCAACACCAGAGAAUUCACACAGGAGAGAAGCCCUAUGCAUGUCGUAUAUGUGGUAAAUCCUUUACCCAGAGUACAAACCUUAUUCAACAUCAGCGUGUUCAUACAGGAGCCAAACAUCGCAAAUAAUGCAUAUAGGAGAUUUGACUUAGGUUUUACAAUCUGGUUACAGAAAUUUCAUGCUGUGUGCUGUAUGUGUUAAAACAUUCAAAAGAAAUCCCCAAAAGUGCAAUAUCCGUUAAAUAUCACAUUAUCAUAAAUAGCAGAAUUAGCAUGGGUAUAACCCAUUUGAAUUUAUUAUGAAAUUUAAUAAGGAAGCUUAACUUCUUAAUCUUUAUUUGCUAUCAGUUCAAAUUAUUCCAGAAAAAAAAAACUGAAAGGGGUUAAAUAUCUAAUUGGUCAACUUUUGCUAUAUUUCAAGUACUUCUUACUGAGGCCUUAUGAAUGUAACUUGGAAGUGUCCAUCAAGUAGAGAUUUCACACUAAAAAAUACCAUGAGAUUAUAGAAAAGACAAAGCUGCUAUGAGGCCUUGUUUCUUCCCAUCUUGAAGCCUUAAAAUAUGUAAAGGGUUUCCUCUCCCUUUGUUAUUUCUCCUAUUCCUUUUAUGCCUAACUGCCAUGGGGAGCCAUUACAUUUGAAGGGGAGGGGGAGUUGAAAGCAUCUUAAGUUCUAUAUAACCAUUGUUUAUACUUUCCCUCAAAUAACAAAAUAAUGAGCUUAGUGAAAGGUCAUCAGUUAGGAUAGAUGAGUAUAUAUAAACCCUUAGAUAUAUGUACAGAAUAUACAUUCCAAACUUAAUGUUCACAAGUUAGCCUUAGUUUCCUUGGUUUUGACAUCCAAGGUCUUCCUGAAGGAAAGAAAAUAUAUUCAGUUCCAAUUUUUUUUGCCUGACUCCUAAAUUCAUAACCUAAGUUUUGCCUGUGGCUCUCUUACUAUAGGAAAUCCAUUUUGUCUACCAAAACAUGUUUCUUGAGUGCCUCCUGUGCUCAGGUCUUAAACAUGUUUGGAUAAUUCCAGGCUUGUGAUAGUGCUGAAAUCACAGCUGAGUUAAGCAAUAGACAGCUUUUUAGAGUAUUGAGAAGUAAUCUUAAUUGCUUUGCCAUGAAAUGAAACAUUAAGCCUGCUAAAGUGUGUGGCCAAAUGCUAUCCUAGACCCCAAGUCAAAGGAACAAUGAAAGCAGAUAUGUAAAUGUAAAUAAUGACCAAAAUAAGAAGUGAGAAAUAGAUUUGAGUUCACUGCAGAGUGAGGGAAAAGUCAAAGUGAAAACUUAUGAGGAAAGAAUACCUAGGUCUGAUAAAACAUGAAAUAUAAUUUGAUUUGCAUUAUCUAAAACUAGUGAAAAUAUAAUUUUAUUUGCACUAUCUAAAUGUGAAAAUAAAGCAAAAUUUAGUCUCUAAGAAAUAGACAAAAUGACAUUUUUAAGGAAUAAUUAGAAGCCUCAUUUUCAUUCAUAAAUGGACAUUAACUCAAUGUCUAAGGAAAAUUUCAUUAGAGAAAAGCAUUAAUUCAGAAAUUAUCAAUGAAUAUUAAACAGUGAUAAUUGAAUCUGUGGUCAUAAACAGCUUAAAAGGCAGACUGGAAGGAAUAGGUUAAAAAUACUGCUAUAUAUAUAAAUACCCAAGAUAUUGCACUCAAAAUGUAAAUCUGAGAUUUCAUCUUUUUCUUAUUUCUCCAUUGCCUUGCAUAUAGCAGAUGAUCAAUACAUGUUGGUUGAAUAAGUUACAUAAAUUAGAAUUGAAUAAUAAGGUAGAAUCUACUGGUGUGGAGUGAAAAUAGAACUGAAAAUAACUUUCAUGCAUGUGUCACAUAUUUAAUAAAUAUUAGCCACCAGGUAAUAACUGCUCAAAAGGAAAGAAUCAGACAUCAUAGAACAUCUUUGCAUAGGGGAAUCUCCUGAGCUAAAUGAAUGGAAACAAAUUCUAAUACUAGAAUAAAUAUCGACGUAAGCAUGUAUUGACUAACCAGCUUUUCUUAGACAUUACUGUUCAUAUAAAUAUCCUGUCUGUUUAAAUAAGUGCUGAAGGAGAAACUGGGUGCUAGCAUCUCAAGGUUAUGUUGUUAAGUAUUUUCUUAAAGAAAUUACCAUUCUCUUUUCCCACCAUCAGUUAACUUUGAUUUUAUCCUGUCAUCAUUCACAAAAUACAGGUUGCAAAAUAUUCAAAUUAUGUUUAUUUCAUAGUUGUCAUGUUAAAAAUGACAGUUGUAUUUAAGAAAGUUUUUUAUAUUGUUUCAUACCUUGCACAACAUUUUUCCACUGGAAUGAAUGUGUGCAGUGUCACAAUCCAUAGUGCAUUACUUUGUAUUUCCUGCCUUUGUAUAUAAUAUGUAAAUAAUGCACUUAUAAAGUCUUCCACUGAGUCACAGA